AUGCAACUAGUGCAGAUUUCAGGAAAAAUGAGUCCUGACUGGACCCUAAUGAAGUCUAGGCUCAACACAUAUGCACAACUCUUUCUCUCUCUCUCUCUCUCUCUCUCUCUCUCUCUCUCUCUCUCUUUCUCUCUCUCCAUCCAUCGUUUUAUCCGACUAACUAGAAACUUACAUGAGUCGCUCCUCUGCACUAGCUCAGUUAUUUCUACCCUUUCAUUCUUUCUGAAGGGGAAGCACAUGCUUAGGCGGUAGUCUAGUAGAAAAAACAAGGGUGGAGAGAGUCAGAGAGAUAGAUAGAGAGAGAGAGAGAGGGACAUUUUUUGGGUAAAUGAUCGUGACAAAUUUUCUUAGGAAAAACAAUUCUUUUGGAAAAGCAGUUUGUCAAUCUUAUACUCUGUCAGGUCAUCCUUCAGAUAACGAUUGAUGUUGGUAGAUCCUAAACAUUCCUUUGGAAGACCUGUCAUGGUCAUCUUCCCUGUCUAAAUACUUACGAAUUUUUCCAAUUAUAGAAUCAAAUGAGUGAAAAAUAUUUGUAUAUAUAUAUAUACAUACAUAUUUGUGGAACAAUUUAUCACGAAAUAUUUAUAAAAUAAAUAAAUAAAUAUUCGGAUAUUUGGAAAUAUUACGAUACUACAAGUACACACACGCACACUUUUCCAUCGUAAAUAUUAACACUAAGUGCUUAAGGGAAGAUUAUGUGCCCACGAAAAUAUCUUUUGAGUUUCUACUUUUGUUGCCAUGAGUAAUGGGGCCACCCUGUCUGACUCUUGACGGUCACGUUGCAACAAAACAAAGACCGGAACAAGUACUUGUGGAGGGGGUCGAUGGGCCGCGGGACCCACCUUUGACUGUUGACCUGUUGAAAACCCAGAUGUAAUGUAGAGCAUCACCAGAAUGCGCUUUAAUGUAUCGGAUUGACGGGUCGGGAAUCCUCGAAUGCGAUGUAUAUGCAGUAAUAACCGUUGACCUCAUCCGUAUGACGGGAAAAUGUAAGCGAUCUCCAUAAAAACAGUUGACUUAUCACGUUAAGAGGUCAAAAAAAACUGGGGGGAGGGCCAUCGAUCAUGGUUAGCAUCCGCGGAUAACAGGGGCUACUCUCUCUCUCUCUCUCUCUCUCCCUCUCCUCUCAAUGUCUGUGUCUCUGCCUUUCUCUCCGUCCUCCUUCCCUCUCUCUCUCUCUCUGCGCCGCCCUUUCUUUCACGCUAUCAGAGAUGGGAACAUCAAUGUCUGCCGCUUCCGUUGUUGACUUGGAAAGAUAGCGCCGACCAAUGAGGGCGAAGCCCUCCCUUGCUCUAUAUAAAGGGCACUACUCCGACAAGGGCUUCACCACGACACACUUUCAUACGUGCGAUAUCUCCGUUUAGAGAGCAAGAGCAAGAGACAGAGAUAGCGAGAGAGAGAGAGAGAGAGAGAGAGAGAGAGAGAGAGAGAGAGAGAGACAAAGAGAAGGCAUAUUUCCAUCGCUACAAAUGACGGGCACACGCAGCGUCCCUCUUGCCUCCCUCUUUGUCCUCCUCCUGUAUGUGUUCACGUCACACGCGCAACUGACGGCGAACUUCUACUCGUCGAGCUGCCCCAACUUGGAGACUAUCGUGCAAAGUGCCACGCAAACGGCCGUCGGGAACAACCCCCGCACGCCUGCCUCCCUGCUCCGCCUCUUCUUUCACGACUGCUUCGUCCAAGUAAGCGCACGCACAGACUACUGUACAUGACAAACAGCCGGUCCCUCGUCACAGCGCCGCAACGGUUCUAAUCGCUGGCCCACUUGUGGUCCUGCAGGGCUGCGACGGAUCGGUGCUCUUGAACGACACCCAGACGUUCGCCGGCGAGCAAGGCGCCCGGGCGAACAGAAAACUUCAAGCCCUGGACGUCAUCGAGAAGAUCAAGUCCACCGUCGAGGCGUCGUGCAACGGCGUCGUGUCAUGCGCCGACAUCCUGGCCCUCGCCACCAGGGACGGCGUCGUCCUGGUGAGUUCUUCGCCUCGACAUCGUUAGGAUGGUCCCCGUCGAUUCUCCGGCGACCAAAUUGACAGUCUAACCAGAAGAGGCUGGCUUCUUCGAUGCAGAGCGGAGGACCCUCGUGGACGGUGCCCCUCGGGCGGCGGGACGCCACAACGGCCAGCCUGAACGAAGCCAACAUCAACCUCCCUGGUCCGUCGUCCAGCCUCUCUAGCCUCAUCACCAGGUUCGCCAGCAAGGGCCUGAGCUUACAGGAACUCGUGGCCCUAUCCGGCGCGCACACCGUCGGCUUCGCCCCCUGCCGCGCCUUCCGAAACCGCAUCUACAACGACGUCAACAUCGACCCCAUCUUCGCCAACUCCACCAAGGCCAACUGCCCGGUUUCUCCUCCGAACGGAGACGAAAAUCUCUCGCCGCUCGACGUCAGCACCCCGACUGCCUUCGACAACGCCUACUACACAAACCUCCUAUCCUUCCGGGGUCUCCUCCACUCCGACCAGGAGCUCUUCAGUAACGGCUCCGCGGAUUCCAUCGUCCAAAGCUACGCGGCCAGCAGCUCCGACUUCUUCACAGACUUCGCGGCGGCGAUGGUAAAGUUGGGCAGCAUCGACCCCCUCACCGGCUCCAACGGGGAGAUCAGGCAGAUCUGCAGCACGGUGAACUGAGGGGACGGUGUGCAAGGCUCUUCGGUGGAUAUGAGGUCAGCGGGUUGGAAUAAAGAGAAGAGCAAUGCCGCCGCCAGGUUUCUCUAGUGACCAGUUCUUCAUUUGCGUCAGAAGGAAUACGUUUCCCGUUUCAAAGAAAGCUUGUACGACUCAACGUUAGCAGUUUUCCUGCGUUACAAGACAAAUAAUCCUUCAAAGACUUAAGCGCUAGUUAUCUCUGUACCACAACCAAAAAUAGAAUAUAAGUCAACAAGAAAGCUUGUACGACUCAACGUUAGCAGCUUUCCUGCGUUACAAGGCUAAUAAUCCUUUUAUCAAAGACUUGAACGCUAGUUAUCUCUGUACCACAACCAAAAAUACAAUAUAAGUCAACUUUCCAGAUGCCGAAUAACUAUCAAGAUUAGACGACAAUGAAUAAUAUCUGAUUUUUACUGGAUAUUACCCAAAAGUAAAAUAAAAUCUUACAGAUAUUUUCAUGCAGAAGAUGAAAUCGAAGAGGCUAAUUGUACUAAAAAAGGAAGAAGAACCCAUACAAUAUUAUAAAUACAUGUAAAAAUAAACAUAAAUUAAAAUAGUAAUAAUGCUAGAUGAUUUUUUAGGUUUUUUGUAAAACUAUUCAUCAUUUGAAACCAAUUUUUUUUAGUGAUUAUGCACAGAUGUGUUGAUGUUGAUGUGAUCGAGAUAAAGAUCAUAGCUGCUCAUUGAAAUUAAAUUUAUUUUAAACAUUUCUACCAAAAACAAUUAUGCCUCGGCCUUGAAAAGUAUUUAUAGCAUUAUCACUCUUGAAAUUUUAUAGAUCAAAUAGAUAUCUUAAUUUAUUUGUUCAAAUAUCUAACAUGAGAUAUUUUUAGGGGUACAUUAUUUUAGCAUAGACAAACCAAAAAGAUUUUUUUGAUAAUCUCCUCUUUUGUCAAUUGGAUUUCUAGCGCUUGUAAAUUAUCCUACCUAUAUUUUUAGGCCCUUUCUCUUACUAAUCUUAUUGAAAAAUAGUUUGAUGUGAGAGUGGGAGCGAGAGAGGGAGAGAGUGGAUAAUCAUGUUUGAAGAGUGCGAUUUAAUUAGUCACCAUUUGAAAGGUUUUCAGAAUUGCUCAAGUAAGUUUUCGUCUCUAUCUUCUCUCUUGUAGAGGGUCAAAGCAUAUCUUGGCAAUUGAUUUGAGAUGAUGAUUGAUGGACGAUGAGGAGACUUUGAUGGACAUGGAAAUAGAGCUUUCGUUUGUUAAGUAGAGAGGAAUGUUUGACAAAACAGGCCAUUUGUAGGCUAGGGUCAAAUAAACAUCCCCUAGAGGCUGAAAUCAAAAGGGAGUUGAGGAAGUUGUCCCCCCUCCACCUUUACUAUGAUGAGACAAAGAGACUUUACUUUUUUGUAGUUGAGACAAAGAGAAUUAUUAUGAUGGAGACAAGAUCAUGUUAUCCCUUCUGGUCACACUAUCUUUUAGCCGGAAAUUAUUGUUGGUGAAGACCAUCGCCGUAGUCUCCAUCAUUAAUGUUAAACGGACCAUAAAUUUACUUGUUUAUCAAGAAAAAAAGCUGUUGUAACGAAUUUAUUUGAAUUGUGAAACAUGUUUGGGUUAUCCUUAAAUAAAUAAUGACACAAUAAUGGACUCGUAUCUACUGUCCUGAUAAAGUUAUAUGUGCAACCUAUCCUCAGAAAAUUUGAAUGUUUAAUUUUUUAUCAGAAGAGUACAAACAGAAAAAAAACUGUGAACUUAAUUUCCAAUUUCUCCCUUUCCUACCGUUUCUCGGAUGCCCUUUAUCCAAACGUUCAUCGAUGGCCCACCGUUGGCUUUUGACCAGAUGACCCAGAUGUGAUUGAGAGCGUCAUUGUAUGUGAUUCAACCUAUCGCAUCUAGGACCCGAGGAAUCUCCGAGUGGGAUGAAUCUACGUGAUCAUCCACUGGGAUUCCGACCUUCAAAAGUCAGAGCACUUCUGAUGGUCGUAAUGUCGGGGUGGUUCCAUGCAUAACAGCGAUAAUGUCUCUCGCUGAAAUGGAGACAACAGUCACGCGCCCUCCGCCGGAAGUUCUGCUUUAAUCCGCCAAGGACGCCUUCCACGGUUCUCCAGUAUCCGGAUCCAGACACGUCUCACUCUGGAUGAUAACUAAUAAAAUCCCUCUUCCACUCUAUAUAAGUGCAGCACUGGCGCAGAUUUACAUCGCUUCCAUACCUAAGUGUGAGAGAGAGAGGGGAAAAAGAGAGAGAGAGAGAGAGGGAGAGAGAGAGAGAGAGAGGGAGAGAGAGAGAGAGAGAGGGAGAGAGAGGGAGAGAGAGAGAGGGAGAGGGAGAGAGGGAGAGAGAGAGAGAGAGCGAGCGAGAGAGAGAGAGAGAGAGAGAGAGAGAGAGAGAGAGAGAGAGAGAGAGAGAGAGAGAGAGAGAGAGAGGGAGAGAGGGAGAGAGAGGAGAGAGAGGGAGGAGAGAGAGAGAGGGAGAGGGAGAGAGGGAGAGAGAGAGAGAGAGCGAGAGAGAGAGAGAGAGAGAGAGAGAGAGAGAGAGAGAGAGAGAGAGAGAGAGAGAGAGAGAGAGAGAGAGAGAGAGAGAGGAGAGAGAGAGAGGGAGAGAGAGGAGAGAGAGAGGAGAGGGAGAGAGGAGAGAGAGAGAGAGAGAGAGAGAGAGAGAGAGAGAGAGAGAGAGAGAGAGAGAGAGAGAGAGAGAGGGAGAGGGAGAGAGAGAGAGAGAGAGAGAGAGAGAGAGAGAGAGAGAGAGAGAGAGAGAGAGAGAGAGAGAGAGAGGGAGAGAGAGAGAGAGAGAGAGGGAGAGAGAGAGAGAGAGAGAGAGAGAGAGAGAGAGAGAGAGGAGAGGGAGAGAGAGGAGAGGGAGAGGGAGAGGGAGGGAGAGAGAGGAGAGGGAGAGAGAGAGAGGAGAGGGAGAGAGAGAGAGAGAGAGAGAGAGAGAGAGAGAGAGAGAGAGAGAGAGAGAGAGAGAGAGAGAGAGAGAGAGAGAGAGAGAGAGAGAGAGAGAGAACACAGAGAAAUGCCUCUUCCCAACGUCAGAAAUGUCUGCCAUGCUGCGUCUCUCUUGCCACGCUCCUCGUCCUCUUGGUCAUCGAGCUGCCCAGACUGUAGAGGGUCGUGGAAAACUCAAUGAUAACGGCCGUGGGCGACCCCGGCCGCCUGCCUGCCUGCCUCCAUGAUUCGCUUCUACUUCCAUGACCUCUUCGUCAAGGUAGGUGUCUAAUCAGACAACUGGUAACCGCUACCACGCCGUCACGAUUUUAAUGCCACUGCACGGAUGGUCCUGCAGGGGUCGAGGCUUCUGGCCGAGUCCGCGACGUUCACCGGCGUGCAAAACGUCUUCCCCCAAGAGCUCCCUCAGCGGCAUUACGUCAUCGAGACCAUCAAGUCUGCCAUCAACACGUCAACCUGGACGUGUUUAGGAUCGGCCCUUUGAGUCUUCGCCGAUCGAAUUCUUAGUCAUGUAUCGUCUGAAACGUAUGAAUGGGACGCAAUGAUUUAUUGAUAAUGUUCAGAGAUAUACAGUCGCGGACAUUCAAUUAGACAGUGAGAUGUAUAUAAUGAUGGAUUUAAGCAUAGAGAGCUGCUUGCUGAAAACACGUAACGGCCUCUUAGAGAAGGCGUUCUCGUCAGUGGAUGAGUUUUUCUCUUCACCAGUUGUGUAAUAAUCCUCCCCGUUUCAAUUUCCAGGCCGUCUUCUGGGCUCUUAAAUUUAAUCAAAUUUAUCAGUUUGUCAUGCCAAUCAGGAAAAUAAAUCAUAUACCAUCACAUGAUUUCUGUCCGAAUUUCUGAAUUAUUUAACUUCAUACACCAAAAUUUGAUUUUCAUACUGGCAGCAGAUCAUGAAAAUAAUCUUUUUGAGAAAACAGAUUGACAACUUAUCCUUGUUGUUGGUAGAGGCUCCAAAAUAGUUGAUCACUUUGCAUAUUUUGUAUGAAACUCAAUUUAAUUAUUGAUGCUUUCGUUGGUUGGUAAUUAACUCAAUUGUACUCUUCCUAAUGUUAUACAUUUAUCAAAAAAAAUUAUGGUUUUCCAAAUUCUUCUAUCUUUUAACAAACACAAACGUUGUUUCUAUAAAUCUUACAUGGAAGAUAUUUCCUCAUAAAUAACUUGCUUAAUUUUUGCCAUCAGUAUAAAGACUUCUAUCCUACUAUCUCCUAGAAUGAUGAAAAUUACACGAAAAUUAUAAAGGUUAUAACGAAAAGCAUUUCUUAUAAUAAUAAUGGGUCAAUAUGACCAAAGUCAUGCACGUGCAUGUACUUAAUAAAGUAAAAAAUGUAAAAUCUGGAAACUACGUUGACUUCUGUAUGCUAAAUAACAUUAAAUAAACUUAGGGGUGAUCGGUUUAUUUGGCAACAAAUCAAAUGAAUAAUACUGUACAAAUUCAAAGCUGUUCACUCUCCCUCUUGAUACUUUACGGAAGUUUAUUCAAAUGAGCUAACCCACGUUAAUCCAUUUCUUAAGCAACGAGUCAAUCUCGCUGUCCCAUCCACCAGGAAGCCAUGACCCCCGCGUCCUCAGUUAA